CACUCUGUCCGGAUCCGCGCCGCGAGCGUAACUUAGUUCGUAACGCGGGAGAAUAUGAACAAUUUAACACGAUAGCACUGUGAACAAAGUUUAAACAAUAAAUCUAUAACGGAUAAAAACGGACGCAAUACGAAAUGUCCAUGCUGCGCUUGAUUUUACAAAGUGAACAAACACAAAGGAGAUAAAUCUAGAACAGUUCUUGAACAGGACAAUGUUAACAAACAAAAUCAACAGAACGGGUGAAACUUUCACAGCUAAGAAGUCGAAACUGUGUAUACAAUGUCGGUGGCGAGCACCGAGCUCUAACAAGCCGGCCAUCCGAACUUGUUAAACGUGGCCGGGGAGUAAUUCACCGAAGCGGUCACUAACUGAACACUCAGACAGUUCGGGAACGUCCGCGGCUGUGUGUGGCAAGGCUAAGAGCACAGAUUUGUUUCUGCAUGGCAGACCACAGUGUUGCUGGCGCGCGGAGAAUGGGCCGCGGAUGAUGGACUCACAUUCGCUAGGCCGGAGUCGGCAGACUCCCGCCGCCAGAAACCACAUUGUUUACACCGACCAUAAAGGACGAAAAAUACCGUACGCUGACAAGAUCACUCCGGAGCCAAUACUGCACAACAAUACCAGUAGAGACACAAAGGCUGACUCCAUCAGGAACAGCUAUAACAGUCAGUUCAAAGUGGGCAUCUACGGCUGGCGGAAGAAAUGUUUGUACAUUCUGGUUUUGACUCUUAUGCUGAUGAUGGUCAUCAAUCUCGCACUGACAUUAUGGGUACUAAAAGUCUUGGAUUUUAAUUCGGAAGGAAUGGGUCAACUCCGCAUAGUACCAGGAGGAUUGCAACUCUUAGGGCAGGCUCUCAUGUUGGAUUCUCUAUUCGCGUCCACUAUCAAGUCACGUCGAGGGUAUCCAAUUUACAUGGAAGCUUCUCGAAAUUUUACCGUUUCCACUAGAGACUCGCACGGAAUGUUACAGAGUAGAUUAUAUCUAGGCCACGAUCGUUUCGAAGUGAAUGUUGGUCGGUUAGAAGUGCGCGACGCCCGGGGAGCGUUGUUGCUUGGCGCGGGACAGGACUCGGUCACAAUCGGGGCAGAAACACUGACCGUGGUCAGCCCUGCCGGCGUCACCAUACAAGCCGCCGCGCAGACACCCCUAGUCAAAGCCCCCCCUUCAAAACCAUUGGUACUGGAGUCGCCGACGCGUUCGCUGGAGAUGCACGCGGCACAAAACAUAGUGUUGGAGUCCCGCGCCGGCGACAUCAGCGCCAGCUGCCUCACUACCUUCCGACUCAGAUCCGUCGCCGGCUCGAUUCGUCUAGACGCACCCAGUAUAUUUAUGCCAAAAUUAAAAUCGGCGUUGCCACUACCGCCGUCUGCGCAUACGCAUGAUCCUCACCACCAGAAUAUUUACCAGCUGUGCGCAUGCGCGAACGGCAAGCUGUUCCUCGCCCCGCCUCACGGCGUCUGCGCAGCGAGAGAAGAGAGCCUUAUAUGCCGAUGAUGAAUUUAUAUUGUGAUCCUGUGACAUUUGUUGUUCAUUGACGCUUUCUAAUUACUUUCCCAAGUUUUUCAAGCGCUAUGUACAUUAACAAAUAUGCAAUUACAUUAGUUCUAUAGUGAUGUGUCAACGUUGUGUUUUCAUGCGUAAAUUAUAUAUCUAUGAAUGGGUUUACAUGAUUAUACGAGGUAGGAUGUUUAGGGAUUUAAAAUUGAAAGCUUGUCAUAAAAGGUUUAUUUUAAAGAAAUUAUUAAUGGUCUUCAAUAUAAAUUUAAUUCGUGUUUUAAGGGAUUUGGUAUUGAAAUAAACUUGUCCUAUAGUAAAUAUCCAGUUGUCUUUGUUCCCAAGGGUUUCCAUAAAGGGCAUGAUUUCAAUUUUCAGUCCGCUUUAAGACACCCUCAGUGGUUUGUAAGUCUCAAGCCGGUUGUGCUUAUUAUUACGAAUUGUCUAAUAUUCUGUUAUUUGCUUCUGUAUAAUGUUAUUGUUAUAAAUUAACAUUACAUUUUCGAUAAAAAAUACAUUUAAAAAUGUAUUUACUUGAAUAAGAUAACAACGAUGUGAAAUAAAUGUAAAUUAGAAAGAUUACGAAUAGGUGUGAUGUUUGCCCCACUUUAGUGAAU